CUUGUUAUUAGUUAUUACGUAACGGAAAAUAAAACUUUGUUUUUCCUUGGAAAUUUGGAAGGGUAUGGAGAUUGUCAUCUAAAUGACCUAUCUGUGAAACAGUCGAAGACCGGAAAAUUGAUUCAGAACAAACCAGAGUGGGAAGUGAGAGUAACAAACCCUUGCAAAUGCAAAUUCCAAUACACAAAGUUGUCAUGUGUCGGUUUCCAAUCGGUUACACCCGUCGCUACCUCGUUGUUGUCGAAAUCCGGUGACUUGUGUCUCCUCAACGCCGGUAAAUUCAUCUUUCCUCACGUGGACUUCGUUUUCAAAUACGUUUGGGACACGAGCUUCGACCUCAAGGUUAUCGACGGCGUAAUCGUUUGCCCUUAAAUUUUCUAGGCGAAUUGUUUCGGUUUAAUUCGGUUUUGGUUCAUGUUAGGUAGAUCACAUGAAACAGAUGAUAUUUACUCAAAUG